GUAAAGCCCCGGAAAGACCCGCUCGUUUCGUCAUUUUGAGAUCCGAAGGGGAGGAUUUCUUCAUUCCCAGAACAUUUCUCCGCAUCAUUUUGGGAGGUAACAAAGUGGAGCACCCGCGUCUUUCCUCCUUCACGAAUGCUACAAUGUAACGGGCCGCUUCGAUCGCAUUCCCCCGGAGCUCAUGUUUGUGUGCGCGAUCGUACUCUUGUUUGGCUGAAUUCAAGAAAAGCAGACAAGGAAGGAGAGGAAGUAGAAUAGAGCAGUUGACUCCUGCGAGCUCUGCACCACAAGUUCCCUUAGCUCCUUCUGAGCAGACCUGGAGUCAUGAGUUGUCAGGAGGUGCCGAACCCCAGCCAGGAGCCGAAGGACACGGCUGUUGUCCCCACAGAGGCUGGAGCCACACAGGCGGUACCGACAACGUCUCCAAAGCUUCCCUCAGUGAGCGUAAAGACGGAGGUGGCGUCUCCUGAGUCUUUGGCCAGUAACGGCAAAGCGAGUGAUGGCAACAUUCCUGCUGAGAUCUGCGUGGUUUUGGGAAGCUCUCGCAACUCUCAAACACAAGGCUCUUACAUUUGUGGAGUAUGUGGCAAAAAGUACAAGUACUACAACUGCUUUCAGACACAUGUCCGAGCUCACACAGAGACUGAGGCUGUUGCUUCUGGAGAAGGAGCAUCUCUGGGAAUCAAUAGUUCUUUCCGCUAUACAUGUGACGUAUGUGGGAAAAAAUACAAGUACUACAGCUGUUUUCAGGAGCACCGAGACCUCCAUGCAGUUGAUGAUCCGUAUGACCAUGUGAUACCAGUAGAAGACCUUAAAGGGGAGACUGAAUCCUACCCGAAAAUGGGACCAAAAACGGGAAGCUACACGUGUGAGUACUGUGGAAAACAGUACAAAUACUUCAACCCCUAUCAGGAACAUGUGGCUCUUCACGCUCCAAUGAAAGGAAAUUACGGUCUUAAAAUGGAAGGGAAAAUAUCUAGCCAGUCAGGCCAGUCCAGUCGUGCUGACAUCAACAAUUCCCAGAACUCAAGUGAUACUCCAAACAGCCGGACUUAUUCUUCCCGUCCCAGCCCUCAGAAAACCUACACGUGUGGAGCCUGUGGAAUUCAGUUCCAGUUCUACAACAACCUCCUGGAGCACAUGCAGUCCCAUGCUGCUGAUAAUGAGAACCAUGUUAAAGAUGACUCUCCGAAGCCUUGCCAAGCGCCUGUGGCUACACAGGAGCAGAUGUGGAAAUCUCCUCAGCCGACACAUCAGAGGAACCACGUACCGUCUUUUCAGAACAGAUUACUUCCAGAAAAGGAGAGACAACAAGUGGCUGAACGUUUGCUGAGAGUAAUGUGCGUAGACCUCGGCCUUCUUGGCAUCCUCAGCAGCAAAGACUUCCUGAAGCUUGCGCAGACCCUGGUGGACACAGGUUCACGUAAUGGGGCCUACUCCAUUCGUGAAGCCCUCGGAGAUAUGAGCUCGCUGGCAUUAAAACAGCUCCCCCGUAUGUACAAUCAGGUCAAAGUGAAAGUUACCUGCGCCCUGGGGUCCAACUCUUCCUUGGGUAUUGCAGUGACCUGCCAUUCCCAGACUAUAGGACCAGACUCCUGCUAUUUGCUGACAGCGUAUCAAGUAGAGGGAGUGCGACUCCGACGCUAUGUGCUGGGACUCAAGGAGGCCUCUUUAAGGGAGAGUCCUGACCAGAUACACCACUGGGUCCAGAAUGUUCUGUCAGAGUUUGUCAUGUCAGAAAUCCAAACAGUCUACGUGACAGAGCCACGCUUGUCUUCAUUAGCCUUUUGCGGUCGCACCGGAAUUGGCCUUCGUUGCGCAGGUUGCUCUCUAACAGCCACGGUUCAGGCUGUUCUCGGUCGCCGCAGCUUGCAAGCACGGGGGCUCCAUGAACUAGGAGAGCUUCUAGCUACCUGUUGUGACAUUGCUGCGACGACCAGCUUCAGUCAUGAAGGGAAAGCUGCGGAAGAGCCUGCCGCACCGCCCUGCUGGGAUGCAGUUGCAGAGGCCUUACUCAAGGUUCACGAGAACUUUGAGGCCACUUGUGAAGCGUAUGGCCGUUCGAAGAGCACUGUGCCGCUCUUGCAAGGCCUGAACAAGCACCUGCUUGGCACGCUUGCAUGUUUGCUUGCACCGCUAAGACAGGCAGCACAGGAGCUGAGUGUGGAACACUGCCCCACGCUCCAACAUGUCCUUCCCGUCUACCUCCGUCUCGAAAAACUUUUUACCUCCAAAGCCGGUGAAGCGGGUGCUGGCAGUAAGCUUUGCCACUACUUCCUGGAAGCCCUGAAGGAGAACUUCAAAGUGGAACGUGUCCAUCAAGUCGCAAUGAUCCUGGAUCCACAGCUGAAGCUGCGGCCAGUCCCUGCGUACCAGCACGAGGACAUUAUCUCAAGGGUGUGUGACAUGGCUGCUAAUAUGAGGGAAGCCGGAAGCGGUGGUUCUGGGGGUACGUCUGUGGACGAGCGGGAUAGUGAAGGACCGUCAGCACCCAAGCGUGGCCGCCUGGACUGUGGAUUGGAAAGGCCAUCGUGUGAUGCUGAAGAGCCACAGGUACGAAAAGAGUUGUUCCAGUACCUCGGCGAACCACUUUUCAAUGGCACAGGUGACCUGUUGCAGUACUGGAGUUCAGUGAUGGACAGAUACCCCAGGCUGUCGAGGUUAGCGCUGUGGUUGCUGGCUGUACCGGCUGUAGCUGUGCAUGGAGAGUGCAUGAGCAUCUGCGAGCAGACCUUAGCUAUGAAGAGAAAGCAGCAGGUCACUGCGGAGGAGAUGAACAAACUGGUCUUCCUCAAGAGUAAUUUUGCUUGAGACUGCUCAGGGCUUUUAGCUAAUGGCACCAUAGACUGUUUGAAAUGGAGACUUUUUGAAUCAGAUAUACUGGUCACUUCACUUUACCCCUUCCAAAAAUCUGAUUUACAGUAAGUGUCUAUCAAUGAGGCACAUGAUAGAGAUUUACUAAGGAAAGGUACAUUUACAACUAAUUCACCAACACCCCUUCAGACUAUACAGUAGCUUGGCAUUGGCAGUUGCAACAGAUGCAACUUGAUGAAGAUACAGUUUGCCCGAGGACAAGGACGUGAACUUGUGUUUUCGAUGUUUCAGUUGAACUACCACUUAAAAUUGUGAUGGUGUUUUUAUCAGUAUAUGGUUCAUCCAUCUGUCUUUUCUUUCUGUGGAAUCCAUCUGAAAUUCAGUCGAUGGAUUACUGAAAUCAUGCACAACAUACUUUCCAUCUAGUGAAGGAAAAAACGGGGUACUUAGAAAAAGCCAUUUCUUUGCAAUUACGCCUUUAUAAAAACCACAAACACUCUUUGCUGUGACAUCCGAACGAUACCUCUUUAGUGAUUUAUCAGAGGGCAGAUCAAGCUUGUAGAGGUGUAAGUCUUGUUGUAGGCAGGCCCUGAUUCAGUAAUCUCAGUUAACCGGUUUGAGUGUGUUAAGCUCUUGUUAAGCCUCAGGAGUGUAAGGCCAGCAGAACUCAAAUUUAUACUAGGGUCAUAUAGAUGGUUUUGCAAUUAUUUAUUUUAUUUUAUUUUGUCAGUUCUCACAAUAAUGUUGCAAUAAAUGUUCCGUAGCAGAAGUUAUACUGUCAAGCUGACUUUGAUGCCUUGCACCUUUGUAGCAGCCUUUUUUUUAUUACAGCUCACUGGGAUCAUUUCCUUAUACAAUACAAUCUGCAAUACCUGAAACAGCCACUUAAACCCCAAGAUUGGAUCCCCAAUAAUAUUGGGUCAUGGAAGUAUACAGUGGGGAAAAUAUGUAUUUGAUC